AUGGAAGUCCACUCCAAGAAACACUGGGAGGCACAGAGAGAACCCAAGGUGCCAGAGCCCUCGAGGUGGAACAGGAGCAGGGUGAUAUUGCUCUUCAUCAAUGUUUCCAAGAUGCCACUGCUCCUCCUCUUCCUCUACAUGUUCGUCUGCUCCCUGGACAUCUUGAGUUCUGCCUUCCAAUUGGCUGGAGGUAAGGUGGCUGGAGACAUCUUCAAGGACAAUGCCAUCCUAUCCAACCCGGUGGCAGGCCUGGUGGUGGGAAUCCUGGUGACAGUUCUGGUCCAGAGCUCCAGCACCUCCACCUCUAUUGUGGUCAGCCUGGUGUCUUCAGGGUUGCUGGAUGUGAGUUCUGCCAUUCCCAUCAUCAUGGGCUCCAACAUCGGCACCUCUGUCACCAACACCAUCGUGGCCCUGAUGCAAGCGGGAGACAGGGAUGAGUUCAGAAGGGCCUUCGCUGGAGCCACGGUGCACGACUGCUUCAACUGGCUGUCGGUGCUCGUGCUGCUGCCCCUGGAGGUGGCCACGGGUCUGCUGGGCUGCCUGGCCCAGGCUGUGGUCACGAGCUUCCACAUCCGGAGCGGGGAAGACGCCCCUGAGCUGCUGAAGAUCAUCACUGAGCCCCUCACCAGCCUAAUUAUCCAGCUGGACAAAUCUGUCAUCACCGGGAUUGCCACGGGAGACGAGAGCAUGCGCAACCGGAGCCUGGUGAAGGUGUGGUGCAGGACCGAUUUCCUCACGUCUUCAGUGAACGUGUCUGUUGACGGGCCUCAGAACUGCACCUCUGGUUACCCCUGCUGGCAGCAGGGUGAUGCUGUCUGGACCACGCAGAACCUCACUUUGCAAGUCAAUAUUGAAAAAUGCAACCAUCUGUUUGUGGACUCCUCGAUGUCAGACCUAGCAAUUGGUCUCCUCCUGCUGGCCGCCUCCCUGGUGACGCUGUGCACCUGCCUGGUGCUCCUGGUGAAGCUGCUGAACUCCCUCCUUAGGGGCCAGGUGGCAAAGGUCAUUCAGAGGAUCAUCAACACAGACUUCCCGUACCCUUUUGGAUGGCUUACAGGAUACUUGGCUAUACUCGUUGGCGCCGGUAUGACUUUCGUGGUCCAGAGCAGCUCGGUCUUCACCUCUGCUAUCACCCCUCUGAUAGGUAUUGGUGUAAUCAGCAUUGAGAGGGCCUACCCCCUGACCCUGGGUUCCAACAUUGGCACCACUACCACUGCCAUCCUCGCUGCCCUGGCCAGCCCCGGGGAAAAGUUGGCCGCUUCCUUUCAGGUGGCACUGUGCCACUUUUUCUUCAACAUUUUGGGGAUCCUGCUGUGGUACCCGGUGCCUGUCACACGGCUCCCAGUCACCAUGGCGAAGGCCCUAGGCGAGCGCACCUGCAGGUACCGCUGGUUUGCCGUGCUCUACCUGAUCACCUGCUUCCUGCUGCUGCCCUCGCUCGUGCUCGGGCUCUCACUGGCGGGCUGGCGGGUGGCGACGGGUGUGGCUGCGCCCCUGGCCUCUGGCCUGCUCUUUGUCUGCUUCGUCAACGUGCUUCAGUCGCGCAGCCCGCGGCUCCUGCCCCGGCCCCUGCGCAGCUGGGACUUCCUGCCCCUCUGCAUGCGCUCACUCGAGCCGCUGGACGCUGUCAUUACCCGGGCCAUGCUCGGGUGCCACGCCCGCCGAGGCAACCCCUGCUCUUCUCCGCCUGCCCUGUCCCAAUUCACAACAGGGCCAUCCAUCCCCCAGAGCAAGGCCGGGAUGGCCUACGAUAACCCCACCCUCGCUUACCUGGAUGAGACCCCCACUGCAGUCCCACAGGAGCAGAGCACCCGUCUGUAA